AUGCGACAACAGCAGUGGCGACAACGAUACUGGCGACGACAACGACGCUGGCGGCGACAACGACGCUGGCGGCGACAACGACGCUGGCGGCGACAACGACGCUGGCGGCGACAACGACGCUGGCGGCGACAACGACGCUGGCGGCGACAACGACGCUGGCGGCGACAACGACGCUGGCGGCGACGACGACAUUGGCGACGACGACACCAGCGACGACCACAAUGGCGACGACGACACCGGCGACGACCACAAUGGCGACGACGACGCGUAAAGUUUUUGUUUUUCACAAUCUUAAGAGAUGUUUUAUCAGCUCAGCAAGAAAUGUCGUAA